GUUAUGAAUAAAUCAGUCCUACGACAAUGAUUCCAGAAUAUAAGAAGCAAAAGAGUGUUAGGGAUGGAAACCGCGGUGUCCAUCUCGAAACCGAGGAAGAAGUGCAAAAACUGCUAGCUGUCAUUUCGGGAAGGUGUUCCAACAACCAAUCCUUGGGGCUCGAUGAAACCACCGAAAGCCUCCUUGCGAUCCUCAAGAACCACGAGAAAACCGAUCCAAACACAAUGGCUCUCGUGGCUGGGGCCAUCCAAACGUCAAUAGUGCGAACGAGCCUAUCGGCCUUCCCACACCACGGCCGCAUCCGAAACCGUUUUCUCAAGGCCUUUUCGCUCGGCGCGAUAGUCGACGUCCUUCGGUUUCUCGAAAACUCCAAUCAUCUCCUGAAUUUCGAUUCGCGAUCCGAUCAGAGCUCGAUGGAUCGCCUUCUCGCCGUGGAUGCCUGCUGGAGCGUUGUGGAUGUCAUCGUCUGCGAGGAUUACUUGUUUGGCAAUAGUCUUAGUGAAAGUGAAAGUGACAGCGACAACAAAAACACCACAACUGCUUUGCAAAAGAACCAAAAAAUAUCAAUCAUCGAUGUAUGUCUAUUAAGUCUGAGCAGAAGUUUCUCUUUCUCUUCCAUGUCUUCCUCCUGCAAUCCAGGGGAGGAAAAUCAUGAAAUGACAACAGCAAAUAAUCCCUAUGCAGCCGCUGCCAUCAAUAAGAUUCUGGUUCACAUUUUGGACGUUCUCUAUACACUCCUUCAGAACGAUUGUUUCUCCAAGGAGGACUUUGAGCAGAAACCGAUAGUCCUUCACUGUCUUGGCGUUGUUUCCAGUCCUAAAGGCGCCAACCAAAGCAACGGUGCCGACGACCAUGCUCUUGUCGUGACCGAAAAGGCCCUAGAAAUUUUGGUGGUGUGCGCCAAAAAGCACAACCCCCUCAGCAACGACAACCGGAAGAGACUCCUGAUGGCUUGCAUCAUGGCUCUGGCCAAAUUCGACAGCAAGAGCGACAUCCACAACACCAGCAACCCACAGAAGGAAGGGAAUACUAUUAUUACCAGCAACGCCCACCGUAACACUCGAAUUCUCGAUCACAUCAUAGAAUUGAUCGAAUGCGAUGACGCCAUCAGCGGGCUUUGGCUCCGCCAUACGUACGGAAUCUUCAAUACUGAACGCCACGAAACCACGUCGGGGAACAACUGCGCUUAUCACAUUUCCUAGUGUAAUUGGCGACUUUCGGAACGGCAACGAUUCACAUUUUCUCGUUUUUGCAGAAAGGGAAUAAGCAAGCACGAGCAUC